AUGGCUGAUCCGUUGUCUAUCGCAUCUGGAGUUGCCGGGUUGCUGUCACUGGGUAUCCAAGUCACCAAAUCUCUAGUCGAUUUUUACUCCGCAUACAAGGAUCAGGCUCCUGCUCUGGCCAAGAUCACGCUGAAUCUUGAGAACCUACUCGGUAUCCUCCAGGCACUUGACGAUGCACGACAACAUGGUCAACCUCAGAUGGAUGCCCUGGUCCAAGAGAUCGACAAGGCGGCAGUGGGAUGCCGCGAGAUCAUCGAGGAACUCAGCGAGGAAUGCAAGAAAUUCCAAAAAGACACCGCUCUGGGUCUGAAAGCUCGAAUACAACUUGUCGGGCGCCGGGCAACUUAUCCAUUUAGGGAAAGUACACUGAAGAAGCUUGAAGAGGACAUCGGUGAGAUACGGGAAAACUUGUCUCUUGCAUUGAAUGUGCUACAGCUUAGGAACCAGACUGGGCUUGAAGAUGGGAUCUCUGAACUCAAACUACUCGUCGAACGGAUGAAUACGAUUCACAUCUCUACUGCGAUUCGUGAUUGGCUCCAGGCCCCAGAUGCGACCAUUGAUCACAACGCCGCAUGCGAGAAACGCCAUACAAGUACAGGACUAUGGUUGAUCAACGGCCAGGAAUUUCAGAACUGGCUAGUUGAGCGCAAUUCAUUUCUCUGGAUUAAUGGCUUCGCCGGGUGUGGCAAGUCGGUCCUAUGCUCGACGGCAAUUCAAUAUACAGUCCGUGAGAGGCAACACCAGUCUAGCAUAGGAAUCGGAUUCUUCUACUUUUCCUUCAAUGAUGAGUCUAAGAGAGAUUGUUCCGGCAUGUUACGCGCAUUGUUAUUGCAGCUAUCGGCUCAACUUCAAGAGGCCGGAGAUAUACAAGAACUGUUUGAGUUGCAUAAGUCGGGUACUCCGCCAGUGGAAGCCCUAUUUAACACCCUUCGAAAGACUAUCUGCAGGUUCAAUGACACCUACAUUUUGCUAGACGCAUUGGAUGAGAGCCCCCGAGACAAUAAAAGAGAGGGCGUUUUAGAUGCGGUACAGACGAUCCGGCAGUGGGGCUUGCCCACCUUGCAUCUCCUAGUGACCAGCCGUAACGAAAUGGACAUACGCCUUUCUCUGGAAGCCCCCUCCUCCCAGGAUAUCUCAAUGAAAAAUCAGGACACGGAUACAGACAUUCAAAACUUCAUUUCCUACCAGCUUAAGAACGACUCCAAGCUUCGACAAUGGAAAUCACGCCAUGAAGAGAUUCAAGAGAAACUGACGAGUAAGGCACAGGGAGUAUUCAGAUAUGUCGAAUGCCAACUCCUUGCCCUAAAACGGGCCCGGAUCCGUAAUCACAUCGAUGAAUGUCUGCGUUCUUUGCCCCGUGAUCUCGACGAGAUAUAUGAGCGAAUGCUGUGCAGCAUCGACGAGCAAGACGCCCCGGAAGCACGGCUAGUAUUAACUUUGCUUUGUGUGUCUGAUCAUCCAGUCACUGUGAAGGAGCUUAUCGGUGCCCUCGCUAUUGAUGUUAGCAAGUGGCAAUUAGAUCGUGAGGGUCGAUCAUUUAGCCAAGAUCAUAUUCUCGACAUCUGUCUUGGUCUUAUAGAGCUCGCAGUGGUUGAAGACGAGUACUCUGAAGAAGUGAGUACGAUUGCUCGUAUAGCCCACUUCUCUGUGCAGGAGUACCUUGAAUCAGAUCGAAUUUCCCAACAAGGUGCAGCAAAAUUUGCCAUUCAAAAAGAACUGGCCCAUACGGAGAUGGCUCAUGUUUGCCUCGUUUACCUCCUAGAUCCAACGCUCUCGGGUGGAGAAUUCAAUGAAGCAAAGCUGGAGAUGUUCCCUUUCGCUGGCUUUGCCGCUAUGCAAUGGUCCUACUUUCACAAAAAUUCCGGGGAAGGGAACUCCGACAUCAAACCCUUAGUCUUGAGACUGUUUAUGGACCAGCCAGAGUCAUUUGUGACAUGGGUACGGCUAUGUUGGGUGGCGACCAAUGGAUCUUGGGGUGCGCCUUUAUACUACGCAGUCCUUUUGAGACUGGAGUACGUCUUCACUGCCCUAAUAGCGAGCUUUAGGGAGGAGACCACAAUAGAUGCCACUUCGAAUACCCAGGGGUUGGUACAUGAGAAUGUGGUGCAGACCAUGCUAGAUCGUGGCGUCGGCGUCAAUGCUCAAGGGGGUUAUUAUAGCAACGCACUCCAAGCUGCAUCAUGCGGAUUAUUUCGCGACUCGGUCGAGGAGGAAUAUCAACAAGAGGAGGUGGUGGAUGAGAAGAUGGUGCAGACCCUGCUAGAUCAUGGUGCCGAUGUCAAUGCCCAAGGGGGUGUCUAUGGCAACGCGCUCCAGGCUGCAUCGUAUGCAGGCCGUGAGAAGGUGGUACGGGCCCUGUUAGAUCAUGGUGCCGAUGUCAAUGCCCAAGGGGGUUACUAUAACAACGCGCUCCAGGCCGCGUCCGAGCCCGGCCAUGAGAAGCUGGUACAGAUCCUACUAGAUCGAGGUGCCAAUGUCAAUGCCCGAAACGGUACAAGUGCCGGCGCGCUCGAGGCCGCGUCAUACAAUGGUCGGGAGAAGGUGGUACAGACCCUACUAGAUCGAGGUGCCAAUCUCAAUGCCCGAGACGAUGGACAUGCCAGCGCACUCGAGUUCGCAUCGUACGCCGGCCACGAGAAGGUGGUGCAGAUCCUGCUAGAUCGAGGUGCUGAUAUUAAUGGCCAAGGGGGCGGUGAAUAUGGCAACGCGCUCCAGGCCGCAUCAUUCGCCGGCCACGAGAAGGUGGUGCAGAUCCUGCUAGAUCGAGGUGCCGAUAUUAAUGCCAAAGGGGGCGGUGAAUAUGGCAACGCGCUCCAGGCCGCAUCAUACGCCGGCCACGAGAAGGUGGUACAGAUCCUGCUAGAUCGAGGCGCCGACGUCAAUACUCAAAGGGGUGGUAAAGAUGGCAAUGCGCUCCAGGUGGCAUCAUUUAGAGGCCACGAGAAGGUAGUGCAGAUCCUAGUACAUCAUGGUGCCGACGUGAAUGCUGAAGGUGGUGAAUAUGGCAACGCCCUCGGGGCCGCAUUGCAAGAAGGCCACGAGAAGGUGGUGCAGAUCGAUAACAGUGCUAAACCUGAGCCCAUUGUUUGA